AAGGUGGAUUCAUUCAGUUCUGCAAUCCUCGGUCGUGAGAUUUCAGCAUUUCAACCGGAUUGUUCACUCCACUGGCGGGAACGGCGACCAGCGGGAAGGAGGGUGCUUUUGCAAAUGGGGGGGGGAGCCGAGGAACAGAGGAGGAGGUCGCGAUUGCAGACGGACAGGCCCGCAAAACGGAUGCGCUGUGAGCAGGAUUCGAACCUGCGCGGGGAGCCCCCAUUGGAUUUCAAGUCCAACGCCUUAACCACUCGGCCAUCACAGCUCGCUCUGGCCUGUUUUUUUUCACACCUUUCCCGAAUUGGAUCCUCUGGGAUUUAUCGGAUAUAAUUAGUCAAUGCCUGAAGAAAAAAAGUUCUGCAGGCACCUUAAAACGACUUCAGGAUCUCUGGAAGGGGGGAUCAGCAGAGCCUCUCGUGGCCGUCGGGAUUUCCGCACGCCAGAGAUGGCGGCCCUGAGCGUGCUGUAAUCAAAGUGCUGCUUUCCGCGGGACUCGGUUGCCCUUGCGGAGUCAGGCUGCUCCGGUCCUCCCACGGGUCACCUUCAGGCUGCUGUACACAAAUUAAAGCAGGGAGAGAAUGCCGCUGGUCAACGGAUUGGUUCCCUCUCGAUUCCUGACCCUCACAGCUCAUCUGGUCAUUGUCAUCACCAUCUUCUGGUCCAGGGAAAACAAUGUCCGGGCUUCCCUCCCUCUCCAGUGCACGCAAGCGGAAUAUGACAGCCGAGACACUGAGAUGGUGGUGGCCCUGUCUGUAACCCUCGGGCUGUUUGCGGUGGAGCUGGCUGGCUUUCUCUCCGGGGUGUCCAUGUUCAACAAUGUGCAGAGCCUCCUCUCCUUGGCUGCCCACUGCAGUGCUUCCGUCUGCCUCUCCUUUUUCGUCUUUGAGCGCUGGGAGACGGUCACUUACUGGUACAUCAUGGGCUUCUGCAGCGCCUUACCCGCUGCUGUCGAGAUCCUGCUUUUCAUCUCUGUCUUUGGCCUGAAGAAGAAGCCGCUGUAAAAAGGAGGGCCCAGGAGGGAGAACAGCUUCCGCCCACAGAGGCGGCUUGUUCGGAUUAUUCCAGGGAAGGGAAGAGCCCCGAAGAAGCACGAGAGGGAUGUCAAACGCCCUUCUCAGAAGGCAGGAAGGAGAGGAGUGACGGCCAGCCUCCCCUUGUUUUCCGCUCCACCUCUGCCCGCCAGUCAAUCUACAGAAGCUGUAACAAGGCAGCUGGAUCUCCUGCAGCACAUGGACCCCCUUCUUGGUAUUGUAUCUAUUAUGGCGGCCCCACGUUUCAUCUAGGGCUGCCUGAUCUGAGUUGCCAAAGUCCAGCAGCACUAACUCCAUGCCCCAUCCCGUGGUCACCCAGAUUGUUGCGGUUCUGAUUUGAUCCACACCUUUUUUCAAGCUAAAAUCAAGGAUUUGCAGUGCCAGAAUUUCUCUUGAACGGGGAUUAUAAUGCAGUCUGUCAUUCUAGGCCAUUGAUAAAAGAUAAAGUCCAGUCUCUGGAGGAAAGAAUAUAUAUUUUAUGUAUCGGUAUGCUUCAUUAAGGACUGAGGAUGGUAGACGGUGCUACUUAACUGUUUUUAUCUUAAUAAACAUCACCUUCUGGUAAAUAUCCAGGGUGGUUUGGAUUGUCAGUGUUAGAAAUGUUCUUGGUUUAUGUGGAUUUAGGGACACGUCUUGCAUUUCUUGCUGAGGUCCUAACAAAGUUGAGGCUCGUUCUGGUUGAAUAGCUUAAAAUCAGUUUUCAGAUAGCCUUGUGUGGACAAGAUUUCUUCCUUGUCCUGAGCUCUUAAAGCCACUUUUCAUGGCACGAAGCACAAGACACCCACAUGGACCGAGCAGCACCUUCAGAAACUCCCUCGAUAGAUCGUAUCCUUCCUAUGGGAUCUCGUCUAGUUUCCUCAGUAUAUUUCCACCCCUCUGUUUUUAACCAUAGCCAGUUGGUCGGAACCGAAAUCCGAAUUGGUUGAGGAGGUGGAACCGUGUUCCCGUUGACGUCUGAGAUGGAGCUGAUCUGGCUAUUGGGCCAAGCCACCCUUGGUCUUAGGGGCUUCCACGCCUCAAACGCACAUCAACAGGUGCGUUUCCAUUCCAGUCUCUCGUCUCCUUCGAAACUAUGCAAACAAGUGCCUGAAGUUGCAGUGCGAAAGGCAAGCGUGCUGCAAGGAUGAAAAAGUAGAUGAAAUGUACUUGGCUGCUUGGUUUUGCAAAAAGAAAAAUAAAAUAAAAUCCACAGGUUGCCUUUUUUCCCUGUUGCGUCAAAAACAACUUCCCCCAAAUAAAGUUUCUUUUAUAUAUUACGGGCUUCAGCGGUUAAAAAAGAUGAUUGCUUUGGCGUUUUAUUCUUCUGUAGAUGUUGUAGGGCACGCUGGACUUAAUUAGCUAUCCUGUGGGGUUUGACAUUUUCUAGUGGUCUUCAGGGUGGGGUUUACACCCCGUCCCCCUUGGUUGCUUGGUGUUUCCCAGGGA